GCAGCUUGGCAACAACACAGCGAGACUUUCAAGUUUAAACGUUCAAAGUGUGCAUUAAAUAAUAACUAGAUUCAACUUCAAUUCAAAUGAUAUAUUUAAUUAUAAUGAGUUACAUAAAAUGAUUUAAAAAAUGUCAGUUUUGAAGAGAGCGCACACAUGGGAAAUAUCAGAUUCAGAGAAUGAGAGUACUGAAAAUAAACCAGCAUCUUUAAGUGUAAAACUCGAUCAAGACACGAACUCGGUGUGUGUUGCGGAUAAAUCCAGUAUUUCACCCCCAGGCGGGAGCUCCGCUGAGCGGACAAGUGAGGUGAAGAAACCCGGCAGGAGGAAGAGGAGAACACGGGAGGAGCUGAAGGAGGACCGAGAGAAACGGAGAGAGGAAAAAGAGAGACGCAAAGAGCAGAAACUACAGGCGCAACAGAAGAGAAAAGAGGCAGCGGAGAGAAUCAAUCUGUUAAAACCCGAAAACGUCAUCAAGAGUCUCACUAUCCACAUUCAUGCAGUGUUGUUACAGGACGUAGGCUGUGAUGUUUUGCUCAAGACUCUUGAUGGUUUGUCUUGGAGGAGCCGUAUUGAGGACCAGGGGAUUCACAACAGCAUCAGGUGGACACGACAGGCCCUUCAGGGUGAGGAAGAGUAUGAAAAUGGAGCUGUUGAAGAAGAUCAGGUUCUGAUGGUGAUCUCCCAGAAUGACUUUCAUGACAUAGUGACAUCACAUAACAAAAACACCAAUAAGUUGGCUCCCACUGGUGAGGUGAAAGAGGAGGCGGAGUCACUGCUCCAACAUCUCUCUGAAUACUUCAACAGAGCGUCUGGGAAAGUUGUCACGAUUCUAGUGACUGGUCAACACCAAAGAGGAGGAUCACGGGAUGAAGAUGAUGUCGAUUCUCACUUCUAUCAUCUGGAGACAGAAGAGCUAUUGGUUCACCUCCAGCUUUACUGGAAUGUGGCUGUUCACUUCCUGUAUGGCUGGGAGGAAGUCACUGAUCAUGUGAUCGCUGUUACCAAAGCUUUAUCCAAGAGACCUUACAAAGCGUUGUGCGGCGAUCCCGAGCUGGGCUUCUGCAUGGAAGGCUCAUGGUCAGGAGGUGUGCGGGUGGACAGAGACGGCCGUGGUCUCGCUCAGGUGUGGACGCGUCAGAUACAGCAGCUGAACCGCGUCAGUGUACCCACAGCCAUAGCUGUGACCACCGCCUACCCCUCAGCUUCACUUCUACUGCAGGCCUAUGAAGAGCUGCCGUCUGAGGAGGAAUGUCACAGGCUGUUGGCUGAUCUCACUGUGGGAGGCGGGGUCAAAGAGAGGCGUGUCGGUCCUGAUGUCUCAGGGCGUAUACAUCGCCUACUUACUUCCCAGAAUCCUCAUCUCCUGCUGGAUUAAAACUGGAAUUGUGGGAGAAAUCACACAUUCUGCACUUUAUAGUAACUGACUAUUAAAUACAAACUCAUUGGUGCCAGUCAUCACAGUUGGAAACUUCUCAUUGAGAACAUUGAUUAUGUUUGACAUUGAAUGCAAGAACUCAGGAGUGCAUUCAGUGUUUAUAUUUGAUCAGUAUGUGUAUUGACUGGGAUUUUGUGAUUAGUUAUGAUAUGAGGAAUCAUUCAGGACACGGUGCUGGAUGAGUUUGCUGCCACUUGAAGGGGUCAUAUGACACGGCUAAAAUGAAUAUUAUGGUUUGUUUUAGAUGUAAUGCAAUGUGUAUACACGAUUUAAGGUUCAAAAACGCUGUAUUUUCCACACACCGUGCAUGUUUGUAUCUCCUCUUUGCUCCGCCUCUCUGAAUCGCGCAGAUUUUUUACAAAGCUCAUCGGUCUGAAAAGCGAGGUGUGCUAUGAUUAGCCAGUUAACCGGUGCGUAGUGAUUGGUCGAAUACUGCAAGCGUGUAACGGAAAUGUAACACUUCUUACCAUAUUUGGAACAUCAGGUUCCAAAGCAGUUGUAUUGACAGGAACGCCCACCUUACUUGUGUAUACAUUUGGGCGGUCUUAGUCAAAUCAUACCACAAACUGACGUAGAUUUGUGGGGGUGUGGUUACACGAGGUGUUUCAGGCAGGUCUGGGUGAGCAUUCGCUUUUAGAUAGAAUGCAUCUUUUGUUCCCACACUUUCAUUCGUGCAAAUUUACGUGUCUAAUACUUGCAACUUAUAACACACCAAAGACACAGAAAAACACGUAUUCACGCCAUAUGACCCCUUUAAAGUUAGACGUCACAUUAUGCCUUUAGUGUAUUUUGGUUUCAGAUCAGUAAAAAAACAUGCAAAACAGUACAAAAUGUAUUCACUCAUUCAAAAAAAGUAGAUCCGCCUACUUUUCAUCACUAAUAGAAGAAAACCAGCACAACCCUAGGUUUUUAUUUAACACGGUGGCUAAAUUAACAAAAAAUAAAUCGUCAGUGACUUCUGAUCCUGUAUAUCAGCAUAGCAGUGAUGAAUUUAUGAACUACUUCACAUAUAAAAUCCAAGAUAUUAGAGAAAAAAUUAUAACAAUGCAAUCAGAAGUGAAACCCGCUGAACAAACUAACUACAGCGCCCUUAAGGAGAAAAUGCAAUUAUUUUAUACCGUAGAUCAAGAUGAGCUGUCUAAA